AUGGCGGAUAGAAACGUUUCCCCAGGAAAUACGGAUCCCAUUGCCGCAUCCGACCCGCAAGAUGCGCCGCCACCGCCCGCAGCCCGGGAGGCGUCCAACACGGAGAAGCAGGCCGAGGAGCACGUCGAGGACGCGCCUGGCAGCGAUGGCAGUGGUUCGGCACCGGACCUGCACAAGAAGGGCGCUCUGGGAUUCAUUCAGCAGCAGCAUACCAUCCCCACGACGGGCAAUGUGAUGCCGACUGGAAAGUGGGAGUACAUUUUCUUCUGCGUUUAUUACUUUUCCAACAAUGGUGCCCCGAUUGGCGGCAAUGGUGGCGCCUUACGACAGGCUCUCACCUCUCAGGCCUUCCCAGACAAAAUAGUCCACUGGGGCGGCCAGCAUCUGAACUUAAACUCUUUCCUCCUCGACAUUACUGGUAUUCUUUUCGCUGCGCAGCUGGUCACUCUGCUGACAGUCGGCCCCUACGCCGACUACGGCAACUGGCGCCCAUGGAUCAUGAUUACCGCCCAGUGCAUACUUUACAUCUGCCAGUUUGCCAUGUGCGGCAUCAACAAGCCCGAGCAGUGGCAAGCCGCCCAAGCCCUCUACGUUGUGGGCUCGCUGGCUGCCAACAUCGCCACGGCUUUCUAUACGGCCACGUUUCCCAGUCUGGUCCAUAACCUGCCGAAAGUUCUCAAAUCCGAGCAGGAAGUACGUGAUGGUAGCAAGUCGGCCGAGGAGCAUGCUGAACUCGAUUCGUACGAGCGUUCAAAGCUUUAUAAUCUGUGCAACAUUACCGGCUCGGCCCUCGUCGUCGUCUUCUACGCCAUCGCAGUCGGUAUUUCGGCCGGCAUCGGCUUCGACGGCCCUAAAGAGCUCAUUAAAUCUUACAAUGUAUUGAUGGGCUAUUUCGGUGCUCUCACGGUCAUUUUCACUGUCCCGUUCUUUCUUGUUCAGAAGCACCGACCCGGGCAGCAGCUUCCCGAGGGAACCAGCUUCUGGACAGUUGGAUUCAAGCAAAUGUGGAGCGCAAUGAGGGCGGCAAAGGAGCUUCGCCAGUGCCUGCUCUACCUCCUUGCCUUCUUCAUGCUCCAGGAGACCUUUGGUACUUAUUUUAACAUCACUGGUAUUCUCCAGAACGAAGUCAUCAACUACUCGCCGCUCAAGUUGAACGCCAUGAGCUUGGUUGCCGAUUUGUCGGGUGGGUCCGGCACGGUAUUUGUUCUAUUACUGCAGAAGAAGUUCCGCUUUUCAGUCAAAGCUGGCGUUUUCUACGGCGCCUGCAUGACGCUCGUGCCCUCUCUCUGGGGAGGCAUAGGAUACUUCACCAACUCCUUGGGUUUCAAAAACACAUGGGAAUUCUGGAUUGCACAGGCGUGGAACUUCCAAACGGCCGCUUGGGGAAGCUAUCAAAUAACAAUGAUCUCUGAGGUUGUUCCGGCGCCCAAGGCCUUCCUGUUCUUCUCCCUGUUCAACUGCGUGGGCAAAACCUCUGGCUUCAUUGGCCCGUUUGUGUCUUCGGCCAUUAUUGAACGGGCUCAUGGAAAAACCAAUGCGGCUUACUGGUUUCUCUUUGCCAUGGGUUCUGUUGGUUGUUUUGCGCUCUGGUUUGUUGACACGGACAAGGCCAAGAGAGACAACGCGCGAUACCUGGAGCGUGAAGCCGCCGAGUACUACAGUGAGAGACAGGUCAGAGAAGCACAGGAAGAGAAGCUGAGUCACAUCAUUUCAGCAUGA